AUGGCCUUCUGGCCAAUUCAGUUCCCUCAAAAUCCUAAUGCUUAUAGGCUAGGGUGGACUGGUUUAAUUAGAAUCAAUGGGAUCACAUAUAAAUUCUUUGCCAAUGCAAAUGAAUCAUUGAAUCCAUCCAAUCAAUUCAAAACAGCUAGCCAAUUAUCAUUUAAUUACAACUCAACACGUUCAAUCUUUGAAUUUGAAGCAGGAGAAGUAAGAUUAUUAGUAGAUUUUUCAAGUACUCCCAGUUCGGUUAAAUCCGAAACUCUCCAUUGGAAUUUAGUCUUGAUGAUUGGACACGUUAGAGAUCCUUAUGUGUCUUAUAUUGUAGAUACAAAAGAAACUAAUGAUUUAUUUGAAUUUGGUUAUCAUGAUUUUGAAAACUCAUUUAACAAUUCAACUAAUUCAGAUACACAAAUUUCUAAUGAUGCAAUGAAAAUUUUUGUCAAGGUCCUUGGUGCUAUUGAAAUUACUAUUGGAAGAAUUGAUCAGACUGGUGAAGUCAAUCAAAAUGAUGUAAAAAUCUUUUCAAAAGGGAUUUCUAGUAAUGGAGAUAUGAGUCCCAAUUUCCCUAUCUUGACCUAUUACAAUUGUGUAUUGUUGAAAUACUUGCUCAAACCUCUGUUUGAGUAUAGUGAGAGUGGACUGUUCACAAUCUUGGAAGGUACUGGAGUUAGUAGACCUAUUACAAAUUUAUCCCAUUAUGCUACUGCUCAUAAUGAUGGUAAUGAUAAAGCCAUGCUAAUUGAAGAAGCUGGAAACUUCCUCAUCAUGACCUUAGUAAUUAAGUGA